GCAUAUCGCGUCCGCUUUCCAUCAUAAUGGGAAAGGCUAAGAAAACCCGCAAGUUUGCAACGGUCAAACGCUUGCUGAACCCGAAUGACAUUCGGCUGAAAGAGAAUCAGGCCAAGCAGGCGAAAAAGGAGGCGGAGGUGAAGGAGAAGGCAGAGCGUCGUGUGACACAGGUUGCCUCAUCAUUGUUUUUGCAACAUAACAACGCCCUUGUCCCGCCGUACCGCGUCCUUAUUGAUACCAACUUCAUCAACUUCUCCCUCCAAAAUAAGCUCGAACUCAUCAGCAGCAUGAUGGACUGCCUGUAUGCUAAAUGUAUACCAUGCGUCACAGACUGUGUCAUGGCGGAGUUGGAGAAGUUAGGGCAUCGGUAUCGCGUUGCUUUGAGGAUUGCACGGGACCCUCGCUUCGAACGCUUAGCCUGCUCCCACCCUGGAAAUUACGCCGAUGAUUGCUUGGUGCAACGGGUCACAUCACAUCGAUGCUUCAUUGUCGCUACUUGCGAUAGAGAAUUACGGAGACGUAUUCGCAAGGUCCCCGGUGUCCCUCUGAUGUAUAUCGUCAGGCGGCGGUAUGCUAUUGAACGAUUGCCGGAUCAGGGUGCCCCUGUAUAGGUGGCGGUCUCGGCUCUCGCUUGUACUAUCACUUCGCUUGUAGCGUUACUGCUAAAAGUAACUCAACUUAAUGUCGUUUAUGUUCCAUCCGGUGCUCAUGUGCCAUCCGGUCUCAUGUACAGCUUACAACGUCAUCGCACCCUGGCCAUGGUCAGGAGAUCCGCCUUCUGUCUUGCUCUGCGUUCUGUGUCAUGAUCCGCCGUAUUCCGAGAACUGCGCUUCGGUCACUUGCAAUGUAUUCAGCUCCUCUCGACUCUGCCGCCUUUUAACCUUUGCUCGGCAAACUU